UAAGCCCUUUCAUCACCAUACACACACAACACAACCUUUCUCUCUCUCUCUCUUUAUCAACUUGUAAUAUUGUGAUUGCAUCUUAAUAUUAUCUUCUUCUCCAAUAAACAAACUAUUGAUGAUGAUCUCUCAGUCUAUUCCGCAAAUAGUUUUGAUUUCUUCUUCUUCUAUUUUACUAGUUAGUUUAUACAUGUAAUAUAUAUCUGUGAAAAAGUGAAGUGGGAGAUAUGUUGGAUCUGAAUACAUAUACUCUUUUCUUCAAGGAUGAUUCUGCAACAUCCAACACUGCUUCAUCAGAUUCCAACAGCUCCUCCUUCCAGCCUCGUAACCAUUCACUUUCAACUCUUAAUUUCUCCAUACUUAAGAGCGAUCGUGAAGAUGAGAGUAGUACUACUGGUGAUAUGCUCACGAGACAGCUUUUUCCUGUGAAAGAUGAGACGAAGAAGAUUCAAGGUCAAUCUCAGUGCUGGCUCAACUUGUCUGUAUCGGAAUCCGGUGGGGUACAAGUGCCCGUUUACAAACCUCCGGUGCAUAAGAAAAGCCGACGUGGACCCAGGUCCCGUAGCUCUCAGUAUCGUGGCGUCACAUUUUACCGGCGAACUGGAAGAUGGGAAUCACACAUCUGGGAUUGUGGGAAACAAGUGUAUUUGGGAGGAUUUGAUACAGCUCAUGCUGCUGCUAGGGCAUAUGAUCGAGCUGCAAUAAAAUUUCGGGGAGUUGAUGCUGAUAUUAAUUUCAAUAUAACUGAUUACGACGAAGAUAUGAAGCAGAUGAAGAACUUGUCAAAAGAAGAAUUUGUUCAGGUACUCCGUCGCCAAAGUAAUGGCUUUUCUAGGGGAAAUUCAAAAUACAGAUCAGGUGCAACCUUGCACAAAUGUGGUCAAUUCCUUGGGAAAAAGGCGUAUGAAAAAGCUGCUAUCAAAUGUAAUGGAAGGGAAGCAGUUACCAACUUUGUGGCUAGCACGUAUGAACGAGAAAUGAAGGAGGAUAAUAAAGAUGGUAGUGGUGAGAAUCUUGAUCUGAACCUCUGGAUUUCUCCGCCUUUGGAGGGUCUAAAGGGCGGUGAAAUUGGUAGAAAUGUACACUUCAAUUUUGGAGGUCGCGAUAUGGUUAUUGGCAAAACAUUUGAGAUUGAAAGCUCCUCUACUGUUCCACAAGGUCCACCAACAGCGUCUAAGCUUUCCAUAUUGACUGGCAUGUAUCCUGUUUUUUCUCCCCACAGUACAGAAGGAGCAAUGACGAAGGCUGAAGCAGCAAGUUCGUCUCCAGGACUUCCAAAUUGGGCUUGGAAAACACAUAGCCAAGGUGUGGUCACUCCAGUGCCAGUGUUUUCUUCUUCUGCAGCAUCAUCAGGAUUCUCUACUGCUACCACUCUGUAUACAAAUACCCUCCUACCGCCAAGCAACCAACUAAGUCUCCCCACAAACCCAACUUUCCAACACCCUCCGUUGACCCUUAACAUCAGUUAAGACGGAUUGCCACGACCACCUAAUGAUCGUGGAAUACAUGCUCAGUCAAGUGGCAAGUAGAUAAAGGCUGUCACUGAACUAUGAAAUUCUUGGAAUUCUGUUUCCAUUGUGUGCAUCAUACAUAAAGCAGCACCAAGUGUAAAUUAUUUAGCACAUGAUGAUGUAUAGGAUGGUAGAAUAAACUUAAAAAGACCUGCUACAAUAUAGCUAUUAAACAUGGGUGAUUCUUAACCAGACUAAGUGUUCUGUUUGUAAAAUAGAAAAUGCUGAAGGGACUUGUGCUGUAAGAAAUUUGCCUUGAUCUGAUCAGAUUUUAGUUUUGAUAUUCU